AUGAAACAAUUCAAUCUAAUUUACUCACCAAAUGACAGUGAAAUGUACUUGUUCAAUGAUCUGGAUUUGAGCAAGCUCUCAGAGCCUCUUACAAUUGAGAGGGAAGAGCAGGUCCAGGAAGAGGAGCAGGUCUUUGAAAAGAAAAAGAGCGAGGUUGUUGAGUAUGAGGACGAGAAUUAUGUUUCCCUGAGAGAAAGAGAGCAGGAUCCAUUUGUUAUCGUGGAUUGUGAGUCUAGAACGAUGUGUGGAAAGUUCCAGAACAUCUCCGAUAGUGCAAGCAUGUACUUUGCCCUGAUAAAUGUUGGCAAUUCGUUGAGAGUGGUUCCCAUUUCCAAAUGGUACAGAUUUGUGCAAAAGAACCAGUUUUCUGAAGGAGAUGUUGAUGGACUAGAGAAGAAUUUGGGUCAUAUUGAAAUAGAAACGGAAGAGUCCGAGUCUCAGCAUGAAAUCGACUACGACAAUGUCUUCGAUGAUGACGAUGGGGACAUGAAUGAAGUUUAUGUCUAUAAGGAGAAAGAGCUUUCAACAUCAGGAAGGAAAAUGCAAGGACUGGUAGAGUGCUAUGAGGAGAACAUCAACGAAGAAGUAAAGGAGGAAGCAGAAGAGAAACCAGAGGCAGUAGAGAAUGCUAAAAAAGCCAAGGUUGAUACUGAGUAUGUAAAGAAGUUAACAAACGACGACAUUAGAAGAGCAUUUAAAGGAAGGAAGAUUUCGGUCAAGGACUUGUUAUUGAAUCUACGAUCAAAUUUCAAAAUGGAUGAAUCCGAGAAGAAUCUAAUACGAAAUUUUUUGAAGGAGAGCUGCACCUUUGAAACUGAUUCUGUCACGGGCGAUAAGAUCUUUAAGCUGAAAAAGUAA